AUGGCAGCUGUACCCGAAGUCGAACUCAAGAAGACCGCGCCCGCCGUGGAGAAGGCCGAGAUGCCCGAAGAAAAGGGUCUCAGCGAGGAUGCUGUGAACAAGUACACCUCAGCCGGACAGGUCCUUGCAGAAGUGCUCAAAAAGUUCCUCCCGUCCGUCGUGGCCGGCAAGAAGGUUCUGGACCUCUGCAUAGAGGGCGACAAGACCAUCACCGACGCCGUCGCACCCCUGUGGAACAAGGCCAAGAACGGCGCCAAGAUCGGCAAGGGUAUCGCCUUCCCCACUACCGUCUCGGUCAACAAUGUCGUUGCCCACUUUACCCCCCUUCCGUCCGACCCCGAGGUCGAGCUAAAGGACGGGGACGUCGUCAAGGUCAUGAUGGGUAUCCAGCUGGACGGGUACGCCGUCACCCACGCGGAAACCGUCAUUCUCGGCGACAAGGCGGAUGGGCUCGCCGCGGACGUCACCAAGGCGGCGUAUGAGGCUGCUCAGAUCGCCAUGCGGACGCUCAAGAUUGGAGGCAAGAACUGGGACGUGACCGAGGCGGUGGAGAAGGUCGCCAAGGAGUAUGGGUGCGCAGGUGUCGAGGGCAUGUUGAGUUGCCAACACGAAAAGAACGUGACGGACGGCAAGAAGCGGAUCGUCAUCAACCCCAGCCCGGAGCACAGGCGGGAGCACGACACGGUCACGUUUGCCGAGGGCGAGGUGUACGGUGUGGACGUCUUGAUUGUUACCGGUUCGGACGGCAAGGCCAAGCCCGAUUCGUCCCGGACAUCCGUCUACAAGCGUGGAGACGUCAAUUAUCAAUUGAAGAUGAAGACCUCCAGGACGGUCUUCUCGGAAAUCCAAAAGAAGGCCGGCGCGUUCCCCUUCACAUUGCGAUCGUUGGACGAUGAGAAGCGGGCACGUAUGGGUGUCAGCGAGGCCGUCGCACAUGGUCUGUUGAAGGCGUACGACAUUGUGCAUACCAACUCAGGAACCCUUGUUGCUGAAUUCUUCUUCACAAUCGCCCUCCUCCCCGCUGGACCCCUCCUCCUGUCGCCCCCUCCCAUCUGGUACUCUGCUGACAAGGUCAAGUCUGAAAAGUCACUGCAGGACGAGACGCUCAAGUCACUCCUCACUCAGCCCCUCCGAGUGGCCAAGAAGAAGAAGGCAAAGGCGGCCGAGGGCGAGGCAGAGACCAAGGCUUCGGCCUAG